AUGUCAACAUUAUUUCUGGUUGGUAGUGUUGAUCUGAGCGAGGUAGAAAAGGCAAACAAACUGAGUCACAAUGGUCGCACGUUGUUCGAUCGGCAGGUCUCAUUGAGCGAUAUCGAUAGCUUGCUAUUGAGGCUGUACCAGGAUCGACUCGAUCUGAGCAGUGGGUGGAACUACGAGACGGGCAUAUCGCUUGUGCUGUACAAUGGCAGAGCGAGCUUCAAAAACAAUUUGAAUGAGAUCUUCAAAAAGUUUUUUCCCUGCUUCAAUAUUGUUGCAAUUGAUUCAGGGGAUGGCGAAGGUAUCGGGAAGUUCUACAGCGGUCUGGAGGAGGAGGUUUCUGUGAUGCAGGACCGAAUCAAAAGAAUGUCGCACUGGAUGUACUACCGGCCUUCGAAGCCGUGCUCCUCAAGAAUGUACUCUAUGAUGGGACAUCUGUUGACGGUGCACAGGGACGGCUUGCAGAAUAGAGUGCCGAUCCCGAGAACGAUAAGAAAUAUCGACUUUCAGUCGCUAGUGAGGAAAACUUUGGGCAAGGAUGAUCUAUUCUACUGGCAAAAUCUAUCAACGUGGGAGUUUCAAGCACAUAAUUUGGCAUAUACCGAACUGAUAUACUGUUCUUUCCUGCUCUUGAAAAAAUUGUCGGCAGAUGCCAACGCACCGAUUUCGGAUAAUAAAUUAUUCCUUUUACUUCUUACUUUGGAGUCCUCCUAUCAUCAGGUUAACAAGUUUCACAACUUCAAACAUGCAAUUGAUGUUAUGCAGGCCACUUGGCAACUCUGUGAACGAUUGGUCGAUGAUCCACUACAAACUCUGCUACUUUGUAUGGCUGCUAUUGGUCACGAUAUAGGCCAUCCAGGUUCGAAUAAUCAAUUACUUUCUCAAUUCCAUUCACCUAUCGCGGAAAACUAUGAAAAUCACUCAGCUUUGGAGAAUAUGCAUAAAGAUUUUUUGGAGAGCAUUUUAACACAGCAUUGGCCACAAUUAUUAUUAAUCAAUUCCUCCAAGAAACUCAAUAAGGCAAAUUUGGAUAUUUUAACAGAAGCAAUUAUGGCAACAGAUAUGGCGUUGCAUGAAGGUUACGUUAAAAAAUUAGAGCACUCUCCCAGGAAUGACGUCAUUGAUUUUGCGACUCUUCUCCCGCUGAUUAUUAAAGCUGCUGAUAUUUCAAAUGUGACGCGACCUUUAAAGAUUUCUUCUCAAUGGGCAUGCCUAAUAACAUUUGAAUUUGCAGAAUGCGCUGCUCUGCAAAAUUUUGAGGAAAAAAAAGCAUAUGAUCUGCAAGAUGAUUUAAACUGCAAUAUAUCUUUACUAUCACCAGAUAAACUGGUUGAAAGGUUCCCGUCAAUACCAAAUGGACAAAUUUUUUUCAUUGAAAAUUUUGCAGAACAGUUCUUCACUGAAUUCUGUACAAGGUUACCGGGAUUGGAUUUCUUAAUCGAUAAUAUGGAAACAAACAAAAAGUUUUGGUUGAGUAAACGUCAAUAA